CCGAUGUUUAUUGGAAGACGUUGGACGCUUAGCUGGGGAUGUUUGAAAAGGCAACAACGGGACGUUUGGGGGCGUAGGAAAUCUGCCUGGUGUUGGCAAGUGAAUUUAGCCAGGACGGGCUACGCCGUAUAUCCGGAGCAAGUGGCUGUGUCCCCUGUGUACCCCAAACACCAACACCAAAUACGCAGUUAUCGAAACGCCGGUUUUAUAAGUACCUCCUCCUUCCCCAAAUCUCAUCGCACGCUUUGCCACACCUCUUCCUCAAACUUGCAUGUUGGCUUCGUAUGUAUCAAGACAUUUACUUGAUUGUGUGGGACUCCUCGUUCUCACCGAUCUCCCCGUCGUCGCCACCAAAACACCUCUGAUUGGGACGUCCUCCUACCUCGACAUCCUUCUCCUCGCACCCGGUAUGCACCGCCAGCAGUCCAUCUGUGACGAGCCCGUCUGCGACUCCAGUUAUAAUGGGAAUCCCAUAGCAACGUCAAAGACCAGCAGGUCUCUUUGUCUAAUCGAGAAUCCUGCCACAUUAAGGUACCUCCAAUCCAUUGGAUGCACCAGCCAUUCCGUCACUGUACAUAUAUCCAUGAACCCAGUUUACGAUACCAGACUGUCCUCCUGGGACCAGUCUUUCUUUGUCGCCGGGAUCGCUGUAACGGCGCUUUAUUUGCUCGGCCCGGCAUUGACCAUUGCUGCAGCAACGUUCCUAGCUGCUAUACGGGAUUGGUGGGGCCUCGGGAUGAUAGUGAUGCUCAUACUGUCGAGAUUGGUCAAUGUGGUUAUCAUUAGACAGAGAAGAAUAGGACGGGCGGGCAAAAGGAACCACUUUGCGGCAGAAGAAACUUUCUCUGUCGCUCUGACUCGAAAUUCGGGUCAGAAGAUCUAUUUGCGAGGUACGGUCGACGACGUCCAAACUGUCACCUCGCGUCAGUGGCGAGAGAGAUCUACGGCAGAGGGAUAUGCCACAUCCUUUGCAACGCUGUUGGUCUACGCGACUAUCCCGCUUGCAAUCAACACAUCUACAGAGGGGAGCUUGGUGAUCGCCUGCUUGAUGUUGUGUUCUGCUGCAGUUCUUGGUUUAUGUAACUUCUUGUGGCCCUGUUUUCAAGUGUUUGAUUGUGUUACGCGUACAGUACACACAGAUUUAGUGGGGGAUGUGAUGGUUGAGAAGAGUUGAAGGUAUGAUUCUCGUCUCCAUUUAAGUCUAAUGGGUCAAGUAUUUAUAACAUCAUGGACUGUCAUUUUUCUUUGCUAGCUAAUAAUUCUGACCGCUAUAAUUUGUCAACCCCGCCGAUCUCGAUGAUACCGCACACGAGGAUAAUAACUAAUUGACCUCGAAAUCCUCCGCCACGAUUGGGAUCAAUCAAGAGGUUGGUUUUCGAGGAAGAGGGAGUGUAGCGUUUCCUUCCCCUCUUUCCUGUGGCUACCCGGAGUUUUUCUGGAGCAUAUCUUGAAGCUUAACGUUGAUUGGUCAAUCAUGAUAUG